CUCAUUUGUUCCUGACAGAGACACAGGCAGCAGGUGAAGAGGAGGAGGACGUCAGGGAUCAGCAUGGUGACUGUCACAGAGCUCCAGAAGAUCGGUGUGGGUGUGACGGGCUUCGGGCUGUUCUUUCUGCUCUUUGGUGUGCUGCUGUACUUUGACUCAGUCUUGUUGGCCUUUGGGAAUGUCUUGUUCCUGAGUGGAUUGACGUUCAUCAUCGGCUUGAGAAGAACAGCCCACUUCUUCUUCCAGAGACACAAGUUUCGAGGCUCAUUUUUCUUCCUGGGAGGCGUGUCUCUGGUGCUGUGCCGCUGGCCAAUCAUUGGAAUGCUGGUGGAGAGUUACGGCUUUGUACUUUUGUUCAGGUCCUUCUUCCCCAUGGCCUUAGCAUUCGUGCUGUCAGCUGUGAACAUCCCCUUCCUCAACGCAUUUUUCUCCAGCAGCUCCUCCAUGGUCUGAGCAGAACUGUUACAGCAGUGAAGGAGCCCAGCUGGAACUGGAUGUCAGAAAGGUGUUUGGACAAAUUUUUGUUGGAAAUGAAAAUCAGGUUGAUGUCAAAACCCAACGUUGGGUUGACAUCAACAUCCAACGUUGGCCUGAUGUUAAAUUUUAGUUGGAAAUGAAAAUCAGGUUGACGUCAAAACCUAACGUGUGUUUGACAUCGACAUCCAACGCUGGACAGAUGUUGAAUUUUGGUUGAAAAUCAAAAUUGGAUAUUCGUCAUAACCCAACAUUAGCUGUGAAAUUACAACUUGAAAGAAAGAUGAUGAAAUUGAGUUAGUAUGGAUUUUGGUUGCAUCACAAACCUUUAACAGAGCCACAUUUUAAGUUUUUUUUUGGGGGGGGCAUUUUUGCCUUCAUUUACAUAGUGAAGUGAGAGACAGUCAGGAAAGUCAGGGAGAGAGAGGGGAUGACAUGCAGCAAAGGGCCACAGGUUGGACUCGAACACAAAGCCACUGCAGUUAGGACUAAACUAAUGAAUAGAGCCGCAUUUGAGUUGUAAAUGAAAAAUCAACAUGCUGAGAAACUUGGAUGUCAUACGUUAGACAGAUGUCAAGCUGUCAGACAGACUGAAAGUAUUAAUUUUAAGAUAUAAGCAGAGAAAAGUUUCACUUUAAAAUCUUAGUGAAAUUGUAAUACACAAAUGUUGUAAUUCAUCCAAUAAAACCACAAAAGACAUGCAAUGGGGUUAUCAAAAUAACCUUUAAGGUUCAAGAAUCUGCUUAUCUAGAUUUUUUUUUAACAAUGAAUAAAAACAGAAUUAAUAAUUCAUUUAACAAAAUUUGCUUAAGCAGAACCUGAACCAGGACCCCACUUUUGGAACCAACAACUUAACAGUUCACUUAACAGUUCAGUCAACAAAGUUCAGUAACUGUUUUUCAGGUAGGCUUUUCAAAAAGUUUUUUCUGCCACCUCUGCCCACCCUGUCUGGCACAUACUUCAGGCAGAAGGCGGCAGCUGCCGCAAUGUUUGCCUCUGUUUCUGCUGUAGUCCUCUGGACACUCUUUGUAAAAAAUAUUUGAAAAUGUAAAUCUAAGCAGUAAAAGUAUUAAAUUGCAGACAUUCUUCCAGGUCACACACAUUUAACACAUUCUUCCAUGUAAAUGCUAUGAUUUGGACUUUGGAUGCUGUUCACAAUCAGCAAGCAGCUGGCUAUAGCCAAAAAAAGUGCCAGCAGCUCUUUCUCUGUCUUUUAAAGACAUCAAAGAAUGGAAAAGACAUCUAUCCAGCAUGUUCACACUACAAACAAUUGAAAACAGUGCAUCGAAAAUAUAUUUUUUCAGGUAGCAGCCAUGUGGCCACUGUGCUAGUGGUUCCUGGUUUUCACUAACCACCAAAAUAGACACUAAACAACACUGAGGAUAUAUGCUUUUUACCAGUUACAACAGUGAAGAGAGCUUUGUGAAGGCAAGCUUGCCCCCCCCUUCAUGUUGAAAUUCGCCAUGACCUCAUUUGUCAUCAAUUAUAAAAUAAUUCACUGAUGCAAAAGGAUAGUAAGGAUGUAAAUGUGGGGGGCUGAGUGCAGUUGCAAUAUAUGACUAUUACAGAAUACCCACUAAAAAUAGUUUUCCAGGACUGUUCCAAGACAUUUUCAGUGAUGUUCUAGCUGAUAUGACAGUCAGGAAUGACACCAUACCCUCUGUGGAAGUCUGAUUCAAAAGACGUACAGUCUAUGGCUAAAAUAGAUCUAUGAAAUCAUCGCUUUAUUCUUAUAAAUUAUGACAAAAUUAUCAUAGAAUAAUACAAAACACACGUGCAGAUGUACAGCAUUUUAAAUGUUUUUUUAAAAAAAUUCCUUCAUUGUUUUAAUGUGCUAAUAAUAUCAUUUUAUAAAAUCAACUUUUGUAGUAUUACAUCAUUGUAUUUUGUUUCUUUUGGAAAGCCUUUUGUGCUCUAUGUUUGGCAAGUGCUAAGUAAACAACAUUUAUCAUUAUUAAUUUAUGAGCUAAAUUGUCCUUUUUUCUUAUGACUUAUAUUAACCGUUGCUAGAUGAACCAUGAUGAUGUUUUGGGUUAUUUCACAGAAUGAAUUUAGGGAUACCACCAGUCUGUAAUAAUUUUACGAUGAGUUGGCAACAUCAGCACAUAUUUGCAAACCUCCUCAGUUCAUGUCAGUUAAAGAUAGACAGCUUCAUCAAGUAUCAAGUGUAUGAUGUAGUACAUGAUUCAAUUAAUUAAAAAAAUGCUCCCUCA